AUGGAGAGCUUCGAGGUGGCAGAGGCUUUCCACAGGAGGGGAACUGCUGCACUCUCGUCCUUCCAAACAGCACACGAGCAGUUCCACUGCUCAUCUGCUGAAGUCAUUUCUCAGUCCCCUCUCGUAUCUGGCAUCCUCGCGUCCUUCCAGAACAAGCCGCCGUUAGCUGUACCCGACCCAACCAAAGCAACAUCAGCAUCACCAUCAGCCAUGCAUGCUAUUGCUACGUCAUCAUCAUCACCCUCACCGCCGCUGGCUGACUACAUGGCUGCUGGCUGCACUCGCCCAUCCAAGCAGCAGCAAGCUGCUGUCACACUGCACACCUCCCUCACACUGCUGCAGCAGCUGGUGGAACUGCAUCAGGAAACAGUGUCAGAAAUGGAAGAUAUAUAUCGCACUGCCGCCGCACGCUUGCUUGAGGAGAAUCUGCAUGCGUCAGCCCAGCCUGCUGGUGAUGAUGGUGUAACUGCUGCUGCUGCUGGUGCAGUUAGCGGUGAUAUUGCUGAUGUUCAUAGUUCUAAUGCUGCUGCUGUCGGUGCUGCUGUUAGUGCUGAUGAUGGUGCUGGUGAUGGUACUGAUGACAAGGACAGUUUGGGAGGAGCAAUAGCAGGGACACGAAGCAGUGUAACAGUGCAGGCUGAUGUGGUAACCAUGAUGGCAGCUGUGCUGGAAAUGCUCAAGGAGGACCUUCAAAUGAAGCUCACCAUAGUGGCAGACCUCUCUCUAUCCACAUCAGCUGCACACGUCGACGACGUCCGAAGAAACACGGCCGAAAACUCUGGUGCAGCGAAUUCGGACACUUACGCAAUGUCUAGCGCCAGAAAAGUGGCAGCUGUCGCGAGCUUGAAAGCGGCAGCGGAAGAGUCUGCGCGAGAGGCAGAUGCCAUGACUAGCGAAAGCAAGGAGGAGGCACAAGGCGCAUGCUCCAUAUUUAUCGAAGUCAAACCAAUUAGGGGCAACCCCGUGCUCGCUCACAUCAGGAACGUGAGGUGGGUGUUUGGGACUAAAAAAGAGGCACCUUUUCCUUUCUUUCCCCCCUCUGCUCUGCCCUAUCCUGUACUCCAGAGGGGCAACCCUGUGCUCGCUCACAUCAGGAACGUGAGGAACGUGCGGUGGGCGUUUGGGGAGAUCACGCCAGACUAUCUCCUCUCCCCCUCCUCUUGCGCGCUCUUCCUCUCUCUCCGAUACCACCUGCUGCACCCAGACUACCUCUACUUUCGAAUUAGGGAGCUGCAGAAGAGCUUCCGCCUGCGAAUCGUGCUGUGCCACGUGGACGUUGAUGACGUCACCAAGCCCCUGCAUGACAUCACCAAGACGGCUCUUCUGAAUGAUUGCACACUCCUGUGCGCCUGGAGUCCCAACGAGUGUGCACGAUACCUAGAGACUUUCAAGAGCUACGAGAACAAGCCGGCUGAUUGCCUGCCCUUCUCUUCUGUCACACUUCCCCUCCUGUCCCUUCUUCUUCCGUCUGCUACCUACCUUCCUCCCUGUUCCAGUCCCAACGAGUGUGCGCGGUACCUGGAGACUCUCAAGAGCUACGAGAACAAGCCGGCAAAUGGCAUUCAAGAGCGGGUCGACACUCUCACUCUCUUGGCUCUCUCCCUCCUUUCCAACCCACUUCUCCCCCUGCUGUCCCGUUCUCCCACCCGCCUCUCCCCCCUUCUCCUCCCACCCGCCUCUCCCGCCUUCUCCUCCUGCUCUCCAGCUCACCAGCGCCCUCCCUCACGCCCAUCCGCCAUGUCAACUGCACCGAUGCUCUCAUGCCCUCUCCCUCCUUUCUAA